CGCGCCACAUACUCACUUGCACUGCACUGCAUGAUGAUCAACCUGUGACAUAUCAGAAGGCACAUUGAAGCUGGUGGGUUAACCAGCGAUCAUUCUCAUGCAGGAGACACAGCAAAUCAGCCGUUAUGUUUGCUUCCAGGGCCCCUGCCAUCCAGCCCGAAAGACUAUUGUAUUUUUCUUUUCUUUUUUUCUCUUGGCAAGAUCAAAUAGACAACAGGAAUACGAGGAAACUUUCCGUAUGCAAUACGUUUGAACUAUUUGCGUCUGUGCAUCUCAAAAUGCGAGAUACGUACUGUCACAAGAGUCAAUCUUAUCUGUUUUUCGAAAUAAUAAAUGAGACAUCCGACCUAACGCAGGGAAGAGGCGUUCAGUAGAAUGAGCGGUGACCUGACAGGCAUGACAGAUCAACGGUAUAUUUUCGUGUCUGAAAGCGCUGCAAGGGCGUAUUGACCACUCGGGAUUUAUAUCAUGGAUUAGUA